AUGGGCAAUCCCAUCUUCCGACUACCAGAUGAAGCGAAGCUGGCCGCGCUCAACCGAAUCUUUCCUUGUCGAGAACCGCAAAUCCGGGCCCUUGCAACACUGCUUUAUCCCGGCGCUGCACCAUGUCGGAAUCUCGUCAUCUAUGGCACUGAGGCCACGGGCAAGAGCGGCGUCACCGCGGCCCUUCUCUCACUAUUCUCGGGCCAGGCCGAGAGUGUCACUGCCGACGAUGUUGAGGACCAGCUCGAUGGUCAGCUAAACGGCCACGUUGACGACGAUGACACCCCUCUCCAAUACGCCAUGGUGAACUCGUCGGAAUGCAUCACCUCUCGCCAUCUGUUCGAGACUGUGGUUGGCAAGGUUUCUACCGCGCUUCACUGGGACGCCGCGCCAGCAAGGUGCGAGACUGUGUCGUCGUUGACCGUUGAGCUGUCCAAGAUGCUCAAGUACAAUUCCCGUCCCGACGGGUUCCGCUUUGUGCUUGUGUUUGACGCCAUCGACCGCCAGCGGGAUGCUCCUCACACAUUGCUGCCCGCUCUUGCGAGGUUAUCUGAGAUUAUCCCCUGCCUAACAACCGUCUUCAUUGUCACCUCUCCUCCUCCCAACUUCCUUCUCAGCUCCUUCACUCCCCACCUCCACUUCCCGACUUACACCAAGCCCGACUUCAUCGCCAUCCUGUCCACUACUCCGCCACGGGCUUUACCCAACACGACAGACCAGGAAACGAUCGAUCUAUGGGCGCGCUUCACCGCCGCUGUUCACGAUGCCCUCGCGCGUGCUGCCUCGCGCACUCUCCCUUCUUUCCGCCAUGCUUGCGCCGCCCUUUGGCCGCGCUUCACGGCUCCGAUUCACGCAGGGACACACUCCGCCCGGGAAUUCUCCAAGCUCCUCGUCGCUGCGCGCGUGCAUUUCCAGGACGAACGGCUGCUUGACCCGGGUGUCCUGGCUCUUCCCUCCACCACAAACCAAAAGCCAUCACCACCACUAUCAACAGCACCACCCCAAUCCACAACCACAUCAACUACAACAACAAACCACCCACUCCCAGUCCCCACUAGAUCAAUCACCGCAACCACCACCAGCACCAGCAACACAACCCCCUCGGCCAACGCCGGCGCCGACCUCGCCCAUCUCCUCCCCACAAUCGCCCGCCUCCUCCUCCUCGCCUCCUACCUCGCCUCACACAACCCCACCCGCCACGACCUAACCCUCUUCUCCACCCACUACCACGGCCGGCGCAAGCGUCGCGGCGGCGCCGGCACGGGGGGCGCCGGUCGGGGGAGACCACGGUCCAAACACCGCAAGAUCGCGCGCAAACUGCUUGGCGCGCAUGCCUUUGUGCUGGAGCGGAUGUUGGCUAUUUUUGAGGCGGUCAAGGGUGAGUGGGGGUAUUUCCCACCUGAGGAGUCGGAUCGUGGUAAUAAUCAUGGUGGUGGUGGUGGUGGUGAUGUGGACGCGGACAUUGCGAUGGCGGUGGCGACGCUGGCGAGUUUGAGGUUAUUAGUGAAGGUAGGCGGGGGCGGAGGGGGAAGUAGUGCAGGAGGGGGUGGAGGGUUUGGGGGCGUGGCGGAUGUAAUGGAUCGCGGGGGGAAGUGGAGGGUGAAUGUGGGAUGGGAGGUGAUUAAGGCGUUGGGGAGGGGGGUUGGGGUGGAGGUUGAAGAGUGGUUGAUGGAGUGA